CCUGCCUCUGUCAAUCAAAUCUUUCUUCUCGCAAGAUGGCAGGACAGUGCCUGAUUUGGAACUGCUUCCUCGCAGGACUUCUUUUCAGCCAGGGCUUGGCUGACAGUCUCCCUGUUCUGACUCUCACUGCUUUGGUUGGGGAGAUCUUUGUCCAUGAGCUGGAACAAGAGGGCUUCAAGGAUGCCUUUCCUUCCACCAUGGAUGAUAAAGACUUUCCUCCUGAUGUGCCUAUCACCUUCCAUGCCAAUCUUUUGCAUCACCCCGAUUUGCCCCAGUGGCUGCGCUACAUUCAACGCACCCCCUUUGAGAUGGGGUAUCUGUAUGGGUCUGCAACAGAUGAAGAUCUUGGCACACAGGCAAUUGAGGUGAUGGCAUAUAACAGGUACACCUAUGAAACUGUGAGGCAAACAAUGAUCAUUAAUAUUUUAUCAUCUCCAGAUGGAGAGAUGCCAUAUCAAGCUGACUUCUUGGUGAAGAACUGGGAUGUGGAGGAAAUGCUACCCAUAGAUUCUCAGGAGCUUUUUCAGCAAGCUGUGGACAGCAUGUGGGAGCAAGAAGGUUUGACUGUGGUCAAUAUUACCUCAGCUUUGGACCGGGGAGGCCGUGUACCUUUGCCAAUUGAAAACAGAAAGGAAGGGGUUUAUGUCAAGGUGGGUUCCAAGGAUCCAUUCACAGAGUGCUUAACUGAGGCCAAGUCCCCUAGCAACCUUUUUCGGUGCAAAUUGGAGCAACAGCCCAUCAUUUCAUGUUAUGACAGCUUCAGCCCUCGAUUCCAAAUUGACUGGUGCAACCUUACCUUGACAGGCCCCAUGAGUAAGAAUGUCACGGUGCCUAUCUAUGGAGAUGGGAUAUUGGAGGAGGGCAGUGAAUUUGAUCCUCCAGAUGAUGUCUCUGAUCGCGUAUUCUUCUAUGACUUCUUGCUGACAUUCCUCCUUCCCUUCCUCUUGGGGCUUCUUCUCUGUCUCAUCCUGGCCUACAUUAUGUGCUGCAGACGAGAAGGCGUGAACAAAAGGGACUUGAAGACCUCAGACAUCCAGAUGGUACAUCAUCACACGAUUCAUGACAACACAGAGGAACUGAGGCAAAUGGCUGGCAGUAGAGAUGUGCCCCGGCCCCUCUCCACCUUGCCCAUGUUCAACGUCCGCACAGGCGAGAGGACCAAUCCCAUGCAAAGCAGCCGCUAUGACAGUGCCCAGGUGCCUCUCAUCUUGGCUCAGCAGUGAACAUUGGCCAGGUCAUAUCCAGUUUGACGUGAGGAAUUUUUUCUUGCCAAAGACAUUUCUCAUUACUGAAAUAUUGAACAAAGCCUGGAUGGUGGAUUUUGCUUUGCUGGUUCCCCCCUCCC